CAGGAGGAGCCGAACGCCGACAGAAAAGAGCGAUUCAAAGAAAGACAUGAACGCCGCUCGGAUGCGCGGAUCGCGGCUUUGAAUCGCGGCGGAGGAGACUCUCGAGCGGCUCGCGUGAAGCUCCGGAGGCGGACUGAAAGGGUGUCGAGUCCGCGGACACAGCCAGACCCUCCAGAAGACACCGAGAGGGACAGCGCCAGGCUUGGUAUGUUAUUGGAGAGACUGACUCUGCACUGGCAGCCUCUUCCAUGUUAAUGUAAUGGAAACGCUCUUUGGUCGCCCCCGGUAGCAUCUGAAAUGCAUCAGCGGAAAUAUAUCAGCAACUCCCAUGGCUAAUUGUAUCAAGCGGUGGUGGCUUGAGCUUGCCAGUGGAUGCACUCAAGAGCCGGGUGCCCUGCCAUGCCCAGCGCCAUGCUAAAGCAGCACACUCAUAAUAACAAGGAGCACUCAGUUCAACCAGAGGGAAAGCUGUGGAAAAAGCUGGUGGAAAAUCUAUGCAGCGCUAAGGACGGCCAGACUGCGGCCCGCUUUGUGAGAGGCACAUUUUUGGCCGACGGAAUGGAUGUUCGAAUUUGCUGCCGGCCUCUGUUGGAGUUGAAAAUGUGAGGGGCCGAAUGAGGGGACCCCUAUGAAGAGGAGGAAUAGGUGGAACAGCAGCACUAUAUCAAAAUGGCCCAAACCAGUUUGCUGCAGGGGAAGCGCUUUUACUGCCGGGAGUGGGUCUUCCAUAAGAUCCAGCAUUGCCUCCAGGAGAAAACCAACAACCUCAAUGGGGUGACCAGCACUCCCAGUAAGCAGCCCCCGCUGGCGCCCGGCGGCGUUGCGUCCAACCCCGGCACCCUGACGUCAGGAUCUGCAAAGUCGGGUACCUCCUGGGGGGUGCUGCUGGUCGGCGGGCCGGGAAGCGGGAAAACUGCGGUGUGCACGGAGCUGCUGUGGCCCACGUCGGCCCAGGGGACGCAACGGGGUCUGCACCAGCAGAGCCUGGCUUUCCACUUCUGCCGGGCGGACGACUCGGACACGCUGUGCGUCGGCGGGUUCAUCCGGGGUCUGGUGGCUCAGAUCUGCCGCGGCGGGCUGGUGCCGGGCUACGAGGAGAAGGUGCGCGACCCAGCUGUGCAGAGCACUUUGCAGCCUGGAGAGUGUGAGAGGAACCCCACGGAGGCUUUCAAGAGAUGUGUCCUCCUGCCUCUGCUGAGCGUCAAGCCUCCUCAGCAGUCCGUCUUCCUGCUGGUGGACUCCAUCGACGAAGGCUGUCAGCUGGGCGAGGGGGAGCAGAGGUCCUCCCCCGGCUCCCCCAGGACCAUCGCCGAGCUCCUGGCCAGUCACCACGAGUUCCUGCCUCCCUGGCUGCUUCUCAUCUGCUCCGCCCGGCGACAGAACAAGGCCAUCACCAAACUGUUCACAGGAUUCCGCAAAAUCAGCCUUGAUGAUCUGCGCAAGGCCUACAUUGUAAAGGAUGUGCAACAGUACAUCCUCCACAGGCUGGACCAGGAGGAGGCCCUGAGGCAGCACCUGACCAAGGAGACAGCCGAGAUGCUCAACCAACUCCACAUCAAAAGCAGUGGCUGUUUCCUCUACCUGGAGCGUGUGCUGGAUGGCGUGGUGGAGAACUUUAUCAUGCUUCGUGAAAUCCGUGACAUCCCCGGCACUCUCAAUGGCCUCUAUCUGUGGCUCUGCCAGAGACUAUUUGUCAGAAAACAGUUUGCCAAAGUCCAGCCCAUCCUUAAUGUAAUCCUCGCCACUUGUAGGCCACUCACGGUCAAGGAACUGUACCAUGCAGUCUGGACCAAAAACAUGACACUGACUAUGGAAGAGUUUCAGAAAAAGAUGGACAUUCUCUCCAAGCUGUUGGUUGAUGGCCUUGGGAGUACUAAAAUCCUUUUUCACUACAGUUUUGCAGAGUGGCUACUGGAUGUUAAGCAUUGCACCCAGAAGUACUUAUGCAAUGCAGCAGAGGGACAUAGGAUGUUGGCCAUGAGUUAUACUUGCCGGGCAAAGCAGCUCAAACCACUUGAAGUGCAGGAAUUUGCACUGCACCUUGUCAAUUCCAAUCUGCAGAUUGAGCCAUUUAAUCUGGCUCUUUGGAUGGUUUGGAAUGGAACUCCUGCUAAAGACUCUCUGACCACCUCCAUACCAAGAGAACAGGAGGUCCUGCAACUUUUGGUCAAAGCUGGAGCUCAUGUAAACAAUGAGGACGACCAUGCGUCAUGUAUUGUGCAACAGGCCCUCGAAAGAGAGGACUCGAUACGGACAUUACUUGACAACGGGGCAUCUGUGAACCAGUAUGACUCCAGUGGGAGAACUCUGCUGGCCAACGCUGCAUACAGUGGAAACCUUGAUGUGGUCAACUUGCUAAUAUCUAGAGGGGCAAACAUGGAGCUGGAAGACAACCAUGGACAAACGGCACUUACUCUGGCUGCGAGGCAGGGCCAUACUAAGGUGGUCAACUGCCUAAUUGGUUGCGAGGCCAACAUAAACCACACAGAUCACGAUGGAUGGACGGCACUACGCUCAGCAGCUUGGGGCGGACAUUCAGAGGUUGUAUCUGCUCUGCUGUAUGCUGGUGCCAAAGUGGACUGUGCUGAUGCUGAUGGUAGAACUGCUUUGAGAGCUGCUGCUUGGGGAGGCCAUGAAGACAUAGUGUUGAACCUUCUUCAGCAUGGGGCUGAGGUCAACAAGGCAGACAAUGAAGGAAGAACAGCUCUCAUUGCUGCAGCAUACAUGGGACACAGAGAAAUCGUUGAGCACCUCUUGGAUCAUGGGGCUGAAGUUAAUCAUGAAGAUGUGGAUGGAAGGACUGCCCUUUCAGUCGCUGCUCUCUGUGUUCCUGCAAGUAAAGGCCAUGCUUCUGUUGUGAGCCUUCUGAUUGACAGGGGAGCAGAGGUUGACCACUGUGAUAAAGACUGCAUGACUCCCCUCCUUGUGGCUGGCUAUGAAGGACAUGUCGAUGUAGUUGAUCUUCUUUUGGAAGGUGGGGCUGAUGUGGAUCACACAGACAACAAUGGUCGUACUCCGCUUCUUGCUGCUGCAUCAAUGGGCCAUGCCUCUGUUGUCAACACAUUACUUUUUUGGGGCGCUGCUGUGGAUAGCAUUGACAGUGAGGGAAGGACUGUGCUGAGCAUUGCAUCUGCUCAGGGUAAUGUGGAGGUGGUCAGAACUCUGCUGGACAGAGGUCUGGACGAGAAUCACAGGGAUGAUGCAGGCUGGACCCCGCUACACAUGGCUUCAUUUGAGGGCCACCGGCAAGUGUGCGAUGCCCUUAUUGAGCAAGGUGCUCGUUGUACAGAGGUUGAUAACGAUGGUAGAAUACAGCUGAUAUUAGCUGCACAAGAGGGACACUAUGACUGUGUGCACAUUCUUCUGGAAAACAAGUCAUGCAUUGACGAGAGGGGAUAUGAUGGAAGGAAUGCUCUCAGGGUGGCUGCGCUAGAAGGCCACAGGGACAUUGUUGAACUGCUGCUGAGCCACGGCGCUGAUAUAGAUUACAAAGACGCAGAUGGACGCCCGACACUCUACAUAUUGGCACUUGAAAAUCAGCUGGCCAUGACAGAGUAUUUCCUUGAAAACGGGGCAAAUGUGGAAGCUUGUGACACUGAGGGUAGAACGGCCCUCCACGUGUCCUGCUGGCAAGGGCAUGUUGAAAUGGUGAGGCUGCUGAUUAACUAUCACGCUGAUGUGAAUGCCUGUGACAAUGAGAAGCGAUCUGCCCUCCAGUCUGCUGCAUGGCAAGGACACACAAAAGUUGUGCAGUUUUUGAUAGAGAAUGGCACACAUGUGGAUCAUACAUGCAACCAGGGAGCAACAGCACUAGGCAUAGCUGCACAAGAGGGUCACAUUGAUGUUGUGCAAAUACUCCUUGAAAAUGGCGCCGACCCCAAUCACGCUGAUCAGUUUGGACGCACAGCAAUGAGAGUGGCAGCAAAAGGCGGCCAUUCAAUGAUCAUAAAACUUCUGGAAAAGUAUGGGGCCACAACUUUAAAUGGCUGCAAUCCCUCCCCAGUACACACCAUGGAAGAAAAAACCCCAUUGGCUGUGACUGGUAAAAUGCAGUCCCUCACCAUCAAAUCAAGCAGCUCUGGCAGCACCGGGGCAGGAGAUAUGCAGUCGUCUGGACGUGGUCUACCCAACGGACCUGUCCAUGCUUUCAGUUCACCAUCAGAAUCUCCUGAUUCCACAGUAGAUAGACAGAAAUCCUCCCUAUCAAAUAAUUCCCUCAAGAGUUCAAAGAACUCCUCCUUGAGAACCACAUCGUCCACAGCCACAGCACAGACUGUGCCGAUCGACAGUUUUCAUGGACUGACAUUCACUGAACAAAUCCAGCAGCACUCACUGCCUCGCAGCCGGAGCAGACAGUCUAUUGUGUCCCCUUCCUCUACGACUAAGUCCAUUGGUCAGCAGCCAUCAUCUCCAUCCAAUGACUUUGACUGGUCUCAGUUAAAACCCAGUCUCAAGUCAACAAAGGGAAGUAAGACCGGAAAUGGGACAUCAAAUAGCAAAGGAGCACUGGGAGACAAGAAAAAAGCCAAGAACAGCGGAUCAACCCAAGGUCAGGUUCUGGAGUACGAGAUGACACAGUUUGACAAGAGGAUUGCCCUCAACAAAUCAGUAGCGAACAUUGCGGUGAAGGAUCCCCAUUGCAAGAUCAUGAUUGGUGGUUCAAUUCGGCAGGAAAGGGGGCAAGGCCAAGAUCAAUUCUUUAUCCAGCAGCAGAGCUGUUCUGAGAAGAAGAGGAAUGGCAUCAUGACCAACCCCAACUAUCAUCUACAGGGUAAUCAGGUUUUCCUGAGUAGGGUAUCAGUUCCUCGGACUGUCCAGAACAGAGGCCACCAGGAUGUUCUAGAGAACUAUCCCAUAGGGGAAACCGAGCUAAGCCUUAAACAAGCCCUGAAACUGCAGAUUGAAGGAUCAGACCCUGGGUUUAACUACAAAAAGGAGACUCCAUUAUAGCUGGUAAGAGAUACAUUUCAAAAUAGUCCUCCAGUAUGUGCUCUUGUUGAAAUACAUCAAGCAUUUGUCUCAAAGUUGAAAUUAAGGUCAGGGUGACAGCACCUAGGCAAGACUUUGGCUUGUCUGUUCAUCUACAGUGGCUAAUAUAGAGGCCAAUAACUGACUUUUAGUUGAUAAUGGAUUGCACUCAACACGACCACCAUUAGUUGGAUUUAAUCAGACUUGCAUGAAGAAUGCCUCAAACUGGAUAAGCCAACUUUUUCCUCCCAAGCAAAACAUUAACCCAAGUCAUUCCUGUACUGUUUCAGAUGUCUUGAAUGCCAUUCGUCAUGCAGACAUUGGAGGGAAUGUGCCAAAGCAACUGUUUUCAUCUCCAUAAAAAAAUACUAGAUUUAUUUAAUCAGUGGGAGACCUCAAAAUAAUACCUAGGGAUGAUUGUUGAUUGCUGCCUAAGGCUUACGUGAACUGAUACAUCGAUGUGCCUACAUCUGUUACAGCCUUCUUCAUGUAUUCAUGCAAACUAUCAUUUUAAUUUAAUGUAAUGCUAUUUAAUGAACAGUGUAUGCACUUUUAAAAGAGUAAAAUGACAGACAUGCUUUUGUUCUAUUCACUUUGUAUCCCAUCCAUGUUUUAUCAAAGUAAUUGUUUGAGAGAAACAUACCAAUGCUUUUUUAUUAUUUUAUAUUAUGUUUGUUCGGUCUACUUUUUCACACUGACAGCAAUGUACCACUGAGUACAUUGUCACAAACCACAGGACAUAACAGUAAGUGAUGCCAUGGUAUGAAUUUAAGCGCAUUGAUAGUCUGCCUUUUCUAGAGACCCCAAAUAAUCUGUGUUAACCUUGAUCAGUGUGCUAAACCUAUGUUGUGUGUAAUAUGUUAAUAGCUAUGGCAGUUUACUUCACAAGUAUAUACAAGCAUAUUUAUUUUUGGAAAAAAGCCACUUUUGCUGCAUUUUGUGUCGCAUUACGCUCUACCAUGGUGCUGUGUUCAGAAGUUGCCUGCAGUUAUUUUGGACUCCCAGUUUUGUUGGCUUUGUGCGUUUGUGUAUUAUUACAAAUAUCCGAGAAAGAGGGAGGUUCAUUGAAAAUGAAAAAAAAAAAAAAAACCACGUUCAUUUUGUCCCUAUGGGAUUCUUCAGUUGCUUGUGUGUUGUUAUUUUGUGUGUGCAUAAAAAAUAUUUAAAUAACCCAUUGUGUACCGUCAGCAGAAGUUUGGUGCUAAAUGCAGCGAUUUCAAGUGAAAGCAGCGAUUUAGAAAAUUGCAUUUGUCUGAAGAGUUACAUGUAUAACCUACUGCAAUGCAAGAAACAAAAUUCAAGCUUUGUUUCCUUCUUGUCAUGUGGUUAAUUUCCAGUAAUUUCCUGCUGGAUUUUUCAGGGGCAUGACACAAAACGGCUCAAAAGGGUUCAGCCAUUAAGACAACUCAUAGCUGUGAAUGAUAUUGUUUGAAAUGCCGAGUUGUAAAGCCAAAGUUGAAACAACGUGACUCUGUCCCACCUUCUCCCUGCGAGAAGCUGAGUAUCAGUUCAACAGGACUUAACCCCGCGGGAUAUGGAGGGGAGGAGGUGCUCGACUGUGACGCUGAGGGAACUGGAACAUCUGUUUCUCAUGAACUGUUUGGAGCUGCGUUAGCGUUUACAGACUGUGUCAUAUUUUUGCAGGCUUUUCAUAUUGUCAACAGUGAGCUAUUUUUUGCCAAGAACUGGGAUUGGGGGGAGUAGAAACCUAUCGCAUGCACAACACUUAUAAGCCCUAGUGAAAGCUCUCAGCUCUUCAGUACUACAGUAGCUCAAACGUAUGCCAUGAAGGGUCAAUAGAAGGAUUCAAGGCAGGAUCGGGUCUAGAAACAGUGUUGGAAACAUACUGUAUAGUCUUAUUAAGCAGUUAUCUUGUUUGUCUUGACUGUGUUUUGUCUGUCAUCUUUGAUUUGACUGUCAGUGAUUGGAUUGUAAAUAGCUUACCAUGUACAUUCAACUUUCAUUUAAAAGAAUUCCUGUAUUAUAUGAAGUGGAAUUUUCUGAUGUAUAUUAAAGUGCUUAAUAAACAUAUUUGCUUUACUGCUGAAA